GCUAUUGUGUAGUGUAUCCUAAGAUUUUGGCAGCUUCUGCCGUGGGUGUCCGCCGACUAGGGUACCGCGGCGGCUGCCCGAUCGCCGGGGACGCCGGGAAGGGUACCGCCGGACCUCUCGCGCCCACCUCGCAGCCGCGGGAAGCGCGACGAGCCGCGAUCGACGGCGGAACAGGAGCGGCAGGAGGAGGCGGCGGUGGAGGAGGGGGCGGCGGAGAAAAGAGGAGGAGGACAACGACGGCAACGAGGACGGACACGAGGACGACCGCCGAGGGCCGCCGACGAUUCCGACGACACGAAGAUGCCGAGCGCGUCGUUCUCGUCGUCGCGCAGCUACGUGCGGAGGUCGCGUCGGAAAAACACAAACAGGAUCCCCUUGCCGUCGAGAACGGCCGAGCCAUGCGAUCUGCCGAUAUCCAAUCAGCUCCUUCCAGUAGUAGUUGGCGGUGGAGGCGGAGGAAGUGGUGGACGAGGCUCGUCCCCUAGUGUAUCCGGAGUGGCUGCUCCCUCCCCGUCACCUCAAUCGCACUCGUCGCCAUAUGACCUGAGACGAAAAAGUCCACCGCAUCCAGAUCCGGCGCCCGGCACGAGUUCCGCCCUACCGCCAUCGGGUGGCAUUGCCGCUACCUUCGGAUCGUCGUCCCUACCGGCGAGAAAGCGUCCGAGACGGACAUGUUCGCUGUCCACGGACGGUAUAAACACUAACACAGCGGCGCAUUACCUCCAGUACGAGCUACCGGAUGAAGUGCUGCUCACGAUAUUCAAUUAUCUUAUGGAGCAAGAUCUUUGCCGGGUAUCGCAAGUCUGCAAGCGUUUCCAAGCGAUCGCGAAUGACACGGAACUGUGGAAAUCGCUGUACCAGCAGGUCUACGAGUACGAUCUGCCGCUGUUUAAUCCAGCGCCAUGUAAAUUCGAAUUCGUCUCGCCGGACGAGUCCGAGUACCAGAAUCCGUGGAAGGAGAGUUUCAGGCAGCUAUACAGAGGCGUGCACGUGCGGCCUGGCUUUCAGGACUUGAAGUUUAAGGGCCGUAACUUGCCGUACUUCAAUACGGUUCAAGGCGCGCUGGACUACGUCGAUGAGUACAGGAGCAACAGCGCCUCGGCAAACAGUGGGGCUACAGCUGCGGGCGGCCAGGGUUGCUGCAAUAGCAAUUCGCAAACAAGCGGGGAGGACACAUCGACGCAGCAUUUGGUCUUUUUACACGCUGGCACGUAUAGAGGCGAGUUCCUUGUGAUCGACAGCGAUGUAGCGUUGAUUGGUGCCGCGCCAGGAAAUGUCGCAGAGUCCGUCAUUCUGGAGCGAGAAAGCGAGUCAACGGUUAUGUUUGUGGAGGGUGCAAAACGCGCUUACGCUGGACAUCUCACGUUGAAAUUCACGCCCGAUGUCACGAGUACGGUGCCCCAUCACAAACACUAUUGUUUGGAAGUUGGCGAAAAUUGCAGUCCCACCGUCGAUCACUGCAUCAUCAGAAGCUCGAGCGUUGUUGGUGCAGCGGUCUGCGUGUCAGGCGUGGGUGCCAAUCCGUUAGUGAAGAAUUGCGACAUAUCGGAUUGUGAGAACGUUGGAUUAUACGUGACCGACUACGCUCAGGGCACAUACGAGGACAACGAGAUCUCGCGGAAUGCCCUCGCUGGCAUCUGGGUGAAGAAUUACGCGAAUCCCAUCAUGCGACGGAAUCACAUCCAUCACGGUCGCGAUGUAGGAAUAUUCACAUUCGACAACGGGCUCGGUUACUUCGAAGCUAACGAUAUUCACAACAAUCGGAUAGCGGGUUUCGAGGUGAAAGCCGGUGCUAAUCCUACCGUUGUUCACUGCGAGAUUCAUCACGGCCAGACUGGCGGCAUCUAUGUACAUGAGAAUGGCCUGGGACAAUUCAUCGACAACAAAAUUCAUUCGAACAAUUUUGCUGGUGUAUGGAUCACGUCGAAUUCUAAUCCGACUAUACGUCGGAACGAAAUAUAUAAUGGCCAUCAAGGUGGAGUGUACAUAUUCGGCGAGGGCAGAGGUUUGAUCGAGCACAAUAACAUCUACGGCAACGCACUAGCUGGUAUACAAAUCAGGACAAAUUCGGAUCCGAUCGUCCGGCACAACAAAAUACAUCACGGUCAGCACGGCGGCAUUUACGUGCACGAAAAGGGCCAGGGCUUGAUAGAGGAGAACGAGGUGUAUGCCAAUACUUUAGCAGGCGUGUGGAUUACAACGGGUUCGACGCCCGUUUUAAGGCGAAAUCGAAUUCACAGUGGCAAACAGGUCGGCGUAUAUUUUUACGACAACGGCCACGGAAAAUUGGAGGACAAUGAUAUUUUCAAUCAUUUGUAUUCAGGAGUACAAAUAAGGACUGGCAGCAAUCCAGUAAUACGCGGUAAUAAAAUAUGGGGAGGACAAAACGGCGGCGUUUUAGUGUAUAAUAGUGGCUUAGGCUUACUCGAACAAAAUGAGAUUUUUGACAAUGCAAUGGCUGGCGUCUGGAUCAAGACAGACAGCAAUCCGACUCUUAAAAGAAACAAGAUAUUCGAUGGACGAGACGGCGGAAUCUGUAUAUUUAACGGAGGCAAAGGUAUUUUGGAAGAGAACGACAUAUUUCACAAUGCGCAAGCGGGCGUGCUUAUAUCGACGCAAUCGCAGCCGAUCCUGAGGAGGAACCGGAUUUUCGAUGGCUUGGCAGCCGGCGUCGAAAUAACUAACAACGCCACGGCUACCCUGGAAUUCAAUCAAAUAUUCAAUAAUCGAUUCGGCGGUCUGUGUCUAGCGAGCGGGGUGCAACCGACGACUAGAGGCAAUAAAAUAUUUAAUAACCAAGACGCGGUGGAGAAAGCGGUUGGGAACGGCCAAUGUUUAUACAAAAUCUCUUCGUACACUUCCUUCCCCAUGCACGACUUCUACCGUUGUCAAACGUGCAACACGACGGAUCGGAACGCGAUAUGCGUUAACUGUAUAAAAACAUGUCACGCUGGCCACGAUGUGGAAUUCAUCAGACACGAUCGAUUCUUUUGCGAUUGCGGCGCCGGAACGUUGAGCAAUCAGUGUCAGCUGCAGGGCGAGCCUACGCAAGACACGGAUACCUUGUACGAUAGUGCGGCGCCCAUGGAAUCACAUACACUUAUGGUCAACUAGGAACUAACCUAAAAUAAUUUAAACAAUCAAACAAUGUUUAGAGCCGUAAGUCCAGUAAUAUUGCGAGCACUCGCAGUAUAUGAAUCUCUUGCCGAGUUCUUUAUAAUAAUCUUCCCUUUGUACUCGUCUAUAUAUAUUGUGUUUGUUAUUCUUUAAAGAAAUUCUAUUUAUUACGAUGAUUUUGUUUUUAUUGUUAAUAUCUAAUAUAUUACGAUGCAAUGAAUCACGUAAAUCGCUGUGUGACAGUAAUAUUAUUUUUAAAGAUAUUGUAAAACGAUCGUCAUUUAUUUUUCUUAUCGAAAUUGCCACCUUUGUCUACCUUAUAUUAUUAAGUGUAAUUUUUUUCCUCUCUUCUUUUUUACGAGAAUAUAUUACGUUUUUAUAUCAACGCUUAUUACAUCAUAUUACGCGCAGAUAAUAAAUUUUUUUACAAAGAAAUUAUAUUCCUUAAUUUAUAUACAUUAUUUUGAUCAUUCAAUUGGUUAUCUUUCUUCUGAGUCUAUUUGAAAUUACGAGAUGAAUAUUGCGAAUCCAUUAGUUUUAUUGCAAAUGUUAUUUCUCUUUGAUUGGUUCUUGUUAAAGAUUUUUAAGAGAGACGAUUCUUUCUGUGGCCAAGGCUGAUAAAGAACUCGGCAAUCAAAUCGCCAAGAAGGCGAUAGUAAUAAAAUAACAAAGAAAGCCCUCAUAUGUGUAAAACAUACAGUAUCAUGUUAGGUAUAUCAAAUUAAUUUAAAUGUGUAAACGAGGGAAACGCUAGGCUGAUCGUAAAUCGAACUUUUCACGUGACCCUUUUUACUGAGAUUCUACAAUCCUUAAGAUCUUCAUAUAACAAGAGUGCAGUGCUGUAAAAACGAAGGGAAGGAGGAAGAGAAACAUGUGUAUACGCCAUAAUGACACUCGACGCCUCAUAUUACGCUCUAAUGAACUGCUUAAAACUCUAACGGAAGCCGCGAUAACGUAGAUAGGACGAAUAUAAGUUCGCACAGUGUGAAACAAUGUAUCCGGAAUGUAAAUUGUAUAUAUCGAACGCGAAGCAGUAGUAACGCCGAGAGCGAAUAAUAUAAUCAUAUUAUCUACUUUUGAACAGAAGCAUCAAUCCACAAUGAAAGAACGUAAAGCGUAUAAAUAAAAUUUGCACUGUAAUAAAAGGGGACUUAAUCGUACCAGUGUAUAAAAGGAACGCAAGCAGUGCGUGUGCCGUACUUGAAAUUUCAAAACUUAAAAUCGAAUCAUUUCACAAAUAAAUAAAAAGUAAAGGACUGUAAACCAACCGGGUCACGGAACGUCACGAUCAUUUACGUAUUAUCAAGUGCAACUUCGUUGAUUUGUCGAAUCUAUGUGGUACAAAUCUCGAGGAGAAAAAAACGAGAGGGAACGUACAAAGAGGCCGGGAAAUCAACACGAUGAAGAUCUGCAAGACACACCGGAACAAAUGUCUAAAAUAUGUGAUAUACAAAACUCACACAGGUGGAAUAAUCAAAAUAAGAAUAAACGUGCUGCUAAUUUUUCGACAUAAACAUACCUCGUAAUUAACGCGUAACGAUUCUAUUAAUCGCAAUAGUGAAUUAUGUGAUGGUCCUAAGUUGCCCCCCACACGGGCGAAGUGCAUAAUAAGGACAAGAUAUAAAUGUUGAAAACUAAAUUGAAAUCACGAAGGAAAGAGUGGAAAAAAGAGUGCGUAUACGCGGGAAUGUACGACGGUGUAUACCAGUGAAAAAAAAAAAGAAAUAAAUAAAAACGAAAGCAGUUAAGCGUUCGAAAUAGAAGAUGUACUGUCCGAGGAACAGUUUUUAAAAAGUAAUCUCGAAUUUUUCAGAGUAAUCAGAUUUUUUUAAUUAUUACGUUAGUGAGUAAAAGAAGUCUAAUUACCUUAUUGUAACAUGUAAUUUUUCCGGGAGCGGCGCGCGCGCUCCCGUGCGAGGAGAGGAAGCGCCUAUUAGCGAUAUAAUUUUAGACCGAAAUCACCUUUAUUUACGCAAGUGGUAUACAUAUAUAGAUAAGUAGAGAGGAGCGGACUGUCGUGAGGCAUCAUUAUUGUGAAUUUUGUUCGGAAUUUAACAACGUAAUUCGUUAUUCUAUGUGUAUAUUCUGUGGUAUCUUUUGUAUGUCGUGUACGGCAAGGAGGCGCAUGAAAAUUGCCUUUCAGCUUACCGACUCAGGAGGAUAAUAUAUAAAUAUAUACAUUUGUACAUAUAUAUAUGUAUGUGUCUAUAUAUAUAUGUAUAUAAAUACAUACAUACAUAUAUAAGCUGUAUAGCUUAAUGCCAGAACAUGUCGAGCAAAAGAUCCGGAUUUAAUUUCCGGACUGCUAUUCUGAAUAUACGACACUAAGAAUUUUGGGGAAUAUUUCUGAUAUAUGUAUAUAUCAGAAAUAUUUUCUACAUAUAUACACAUUCAGUUACCUUGAGAUUAAAUUUAUUUUUU